UCUUCAUAUAACGAAAUCUCGACCCAUACCAAAACUUUCGAGUAUUCUUCUUCAGCAAAAAUCGAAGAGCGAGCGAUAGAGAGGGUAUUGAUUUUGUAAGCUAUGGACAGAGAAUGGGGUUCGAAACCAGGAGGCGGAGGCGCCGCCUCGGCCCAGAACGAGGCCAUAGAUCGCCGGGAGCGUCUCCGUCGUCUUGCUCUCGAAACCAUAGACAUUGCGAAAGAUCCCUAUUUCAUGCGCAAUCAUCUCGGAAGCUAUGAGUGCAAACUAUGUCUAACGCUGCAUAACAACGAAGGAAACUACUUGGCUCAUACUCAAGGUAAGAGGCAUCAGACCAACUUGGCUAAGCGAGCUGCUCGUGAGGCUCAGGAAGCUCCUACUCAGCCUCAGCCUCACAAGCGUACAGUCUCUGUUCGCAGAACAGUUAAAAUUGGUAGACCAGGGUACCGUGUUACAAAGCAGUACGACCCCGAGUUGAAGCAAAGAUCCCUUCUCUUCCAGAUUGAAUAUCCUGAAAUAGAGGACAAUGUUAAGCCCAAACAUCGUGUCAUGUCUUCAUUCGAGCAGAAAGUUCAACCUUAUGACAAGAAAUAUCAAUACCUUCUGUUUGCAGCUGAACCAUAUGAAACCAUAGCCUUCAAGGUUCCAAGCACAGAGAUAGACAAAUCAACCCCAAAGUUUUUCUCUCACUGGGAUCCAGACUCAAAGAUGUUUACCUUGCAGGUGUAUUUCAAGCCGAACAAGCCAGACCCAUUCAAGCCUCAGUCCACUGUUGAAUCGAAUGGCCUUCUGCCUCCACCACCACCGCCCCCUCAAACUCAACCGCCACCACCUCCUCCAUCUGGUUCACUGCCACCACCACCACCUCCGAUGGCUAAUGGUACUGGGGCCUAUCCACCACCUCCACCACCACCAUCUGGAGGUUACAUGUGAAAGUGAAAACUAGGAGGCUAGAAUCAACUACAAACCGUUUGAACACAGCACUCUUUAUCACUGUUUGUCUCAACUCUCAAGAGAGUGUACUAAAAUACCGAAAUCUGUUUUGACAUGGAUUUUUGAAGCUGAUUUCUGCAGAUGUAAUAACGAUCUUUGUUAUGUUUUAGUUCUCUGUUAUCAAUUUGUCAAUUUGUUUCUGCUGUA